UCUUUGUUGACGUUUUUGACUUGUUCAAUUACGUUGACCCAUCGAAUCUUGAAUGAAACUUACAAAGCAGAUGUUUUCCAGGAAGAUACAUUUUAUUUUAUUUUCCGGUUCUACUUGUUUAAAUUUUUGAGUCAGUUUUUUUGGUCACCUUAAUUGUUAAUAUUAAGCUUAAUGGAAAGUGAAAUGAGGACCAACCAACCAACAUCACUCAUUAUUUGCUGCUGAGCUGUUAACCUUUAUCCUGAAGGCUCGAGAGGAUAGUGAGGCUGGACGGAAGAAAAGGAUGAUUGCAAAAAUUCACUAUUCACUCAGUUAUUUCGAUUCAAGUUUCAUCAUAAAGUGUUACAAUUUCAUUGUUAGACCUGAAUCAAAACUUAUACCAGAAACAUCGGCCGUUUGUUUGAUAUUUCCCUGUAAACAGUUAUUUAAAGAACCAGCUAAACGGUAUCAUUCCUUGCAUCAAUUUUAUCUUGAGUUGUAUCUUUUGCCUGUUAAUUGUGAGAAAUAUCUUCUUCCCUAUUUUGAGGAGUUUGCUUGACCAUCAUAACUCAAGAUGCCUGAAUGUGAUUACAUAUGGCCAUUGGAAAUGAUUGACAGUGUCCGUCGACUGUGCAUUGAUCACUAUGAGAGUGAUGAUAAAUCUUUAUAUGACCCAACUGAUAUUGAUGAAAUGAUUGUUGAUAAUUGGUGGAUCAAGCGAUUUAUUAUCCAUACAGGAGGAAAUGAAGCUGAAGCGCUUCAGAUGCUCAUCAAAUGUCUCAAGUGGCGUAAGGAGAUUGGGUUACAAUCAAUUAGCGAUAAUCAUUUUCCCGAGGAAAUCUACAGAAUCGGUGGACUUUUCAAUUAUGUGAAGGAUAAAAAUGGUAUUCCAACUGUUUACAUCAGAUUAAAGUUGGUUAAAAGGUUGAAAGAAGUAUCGGAUUUGAUCAAGUUAUUCAUCAUUUAUAAUUUUUACAAGAUAGACAAAGAAUCUCAUGGCCAGGGUUGGGGAUUGAUCAUUGAUUUUCAUGGUGCUGGAUUACAAAAUUGUGAUUUAGAUUUGGCAAAAACAAUUGUUUUCUCUCUCAAAACUUACUUUCCUGCUUCCAUUGAAUAUGUGAUUUGUGCUGAUUUCCCUUGGAUUUUCAAAGCUUUUUGGAGUUUCAUCAAAGGCUGGAUUCCUGCCGAUCGUAAAUUUACAAUUUGCUUUACACCAAGAAGUCAGUUAAAUGAGACGAUUGGUUCAGACUUUUUACCUCAAGCUCUCGGUGGCAAUUGUUUGAAAUCAACUACUGAAGUUCCACCUGGUUGUCCAAAAUUUGUGGAUUAUUGUGUUAAAAAUCUUGGUUUAACUGAAAAGGUUGCAGAGAAAGUAUUUUCCCAAUACAAGCCUUUAUUGGCAUAAUUAUUUUGACCGUAAGUUGGUCAUUUGGAAUCCUAAAGUUUACUGAUUUAGAGCUUUUGAUUUAACUGGAAUUAAGUUAAGGACGUUCCAUCAGCUCAUGUACAAUUAAGGAAUAAGGACAGGAGAAAAUGAAAAGUUUACUGAUUCCAGGAAUGAUUCAAUAUACUAACAGAUUGAGUUUAAAUGCAGGAAAAGCGAAUCAACUGCACUAACAGGAACUUUAGGAAAGAUAAUUAAAUUUCGUGACUCAA